AUGGAGAAUCAAACCCAUGCUAAGAAAGCAUCUGCGCCCUCUGUGUCCCAAAUCAACGCAGAAUAUGUCACACAGGUAACUGUAUGCGCAAAUAAUGUUUGCUUUAUAUGUGUCUUUUUACACUUCUGCUAAAAUAACUGCCAUCUCUACUUAUGCUGGACAUCAAAUUGGUAGUUGCUGUAACUCUCCUAACAUCCUUAACAGUCGGGAUUGGUGGCGCUGGAAUGUGAGAGUUUUUUUACUUUUUUUUUUAUGUCACUGAUUAUUUGACGGGGGUGUACCUACACCUGGGGUGCGUUCAGUUCGCUUGAAUGUUUGCUACGUUGCGGCAUUUGCUACGUUGCUGACGGUAUUCCACAACCACUCCCCGUUUUUCAACGGGUCGUUCAGAACAGUACCGUUUCCGUUUAUUUGAACAUUGCACACCGUUUUUUCUUACUGAACGCAGCCCUGGUUGACAUCUUUUGAAUUUUGGAGAGGGAGGUUUUCAUUCCGCCCAUAGGAUUUCAGAGGAGGGGAUGUACUGUGGGUUGCUGUUAUAAUAACACUCUUUCUUCUCUAAGUUGGCUAACAGAUACUGGGCGCCCCAUGCCAAGAAUAAACUACCUUUUGACCCAAAGGUGAGCCUCCUACUUACAAACUUGAGUUAUGAAUAUAGUGGAGGAGAUGGUCUGCUUGCUCUAACAAACUAUUAUUGUCACCCACUCAGGUCUUGGAGGAUGUCUAUGAGAAAGAGAUUCUCAAGUCCAAGUGAGUGAACUCAACUCUUGAAUAACAUCAGUAUUUUGUAACGUUAACUCUUCUUACCAGUAGUAUAAAUCCUCCACGUCUGCUAUUUUAUCUUCAGGUUCGCCAUUAGGAAGAUCAUGUUGUUGGAGUUCAGGUGGGUUUUUGACAUUUUUAAUGUGGCCUCAAUACAUUAUUAUCAGUCAUUUGCAGUUUUUAACAUGCUAUUUGUGUCCUGCCUCUCAGUCAGUACCUGGAGAACUACCUGUGGGUGAACUAUAAUCCUGAGGUCCCCAGUAAUGCCUACCUCAUGUCCAUCUGCUGCAUAGUCAAUGAGAAGUUCAGAGAGAACGUCCCUGCCUGGGAGGUAAUGGAUUCAGUGGCCUGUCAAACAGAAAUGUUGAUCCUUGUUUGUCCCUUUGGUUCACUUAGCAAAUUCUUAGCUGCGUUAACAUCGAGUGUGUUGGUAACCAUGCUAUGUUGUUGUGAAUAUGGGUGUUGUGUGUCAGCUGUACAGGGACAGCCCCAGUGUUACAGCUACUUAGGGCAGAUGUCUCCAGCGAGCAUUGAUCAAUCUCCUCUAAUAUCAAUGCAUGUCCUCUUUAUCCCUUGGUUUAUUAUCUUUAUCCAGGUGUUUAAGAAGGAGCCAACACACUUCCCCUACUUCUUUAAGUGUGUGAUGGAGGCCGUGCUGGCUGGAGAGGAGGCUGGCCUGACUCUGAAGGAGCAGACUGUACUGUUGGUUUUCCUCGACCACUGCUUCAACAGCCUGGUAUGUCCCACACCAACCAAUAUCUACCUCUCUGGAAAUGGGGAAUUAGUUAUUAUAUCGACAACAUAAUAUAAGUUGAGUAAUACAUUGUUUUAUUGCAAAAUUAUGUUAGUAACAACCAUAGAAUGAAGAGUCCCUUUCCUCUGCCCUUGUUCACUCCCCUUUCCCUGACCUAAUGAGAAUGGAUAGGUGAAAGCAGCAAAGCUGAAGCUAGAUGGAGCUACUGCUUAUGCCUACCCAGUAGUCUCAGAGCCACGAAGAUGAGCAAACAAGAGCAGAAGGGAGGGGGAAACUCCCUGUAGUUGGUUUUAAGAAAAGUAGUUUGGUGCAGGUUCCACUAGGUGGCAGUAUUACACUUCAAAGCUUUGUGUACUUGGGUGCCACCCUAGCACAUCUGUAUUCUCCACCCCUGCUCAAAACCAUGAGUAGCCACUGCACCAGUCUCACUCUGAAAAUCUAUUUUCAUCCCCUCUGCUUCUCCUGAACUGAAUGCAAUGGUUCUAAUCUAUUUGGUGCGUUGCCAUUAUUCUACCAACUCUCUCUCUCUCUCUCUCAGGAGGUGGAUUUGAUUAGAGAGCAGGUGCAGCAGCUAAUCUCACUGCCCAUGUGGAUGUGUCUCUUACCUGUAAGAACUCCUCUUCCCUUUUUCUCCAGUGCUCCCAUGUCCUUAGAACUGUCACUCUGUUAGAUAUGGAUUAUGUUUAAAAUUGUGACAAUAUUUUCCACAUUUACAAAUUGUGAUUGAUUAUGUGGAAUAGGGUUGUUGAGCCAAAAACAACUUUCCUAGGUCAAAGUUUGAGUUUUGCUCUCUUUUAUAGCAUCCUUAAGAUUGAUUAAUGAACACACUAUCUGUCAUCUUUACAGUCUAGACUGCAACAUGAGCUGAAGAAAGUUCCCAAGCUCCAAAAGUUUUGGAAUCUGAUCAAGAAGAAUUUUGACAAGCUGGAAGACAAAGCUUCAGAGCAGUAAGACCUUCACCUUCUGCCUGUAUCUGGACCAGUAGAAAUAGACCUUAACCUUCUGCCUGUAUCUGGACCAGUAGAAAUAGACCUUCUGCCUGUAUCUGGACCAGUAGAAAUAGACCUUCUGCCUGUAUCUGGACCAGUAGAAAUAGACCUUCUGCCUGUAUCUGGACCAGUAGAAAUAGACCUUCUGCCAGUAUCUGGACCAGUAUCUGGACCAGUAGAAAUAGACCUUCUCCCUCUGUCUGUAUCUGGACCUGUAGAUAUAGACCUUCUGCCUGUAUCUGGACCAGUAGAAAUAAACCUCCCUCUGCCUUUAUCAGGACCAGUAGAAAUAGACCUCCCUCUGCCUGUAUCUGGACCAGUAGAAAUAUAACUUCUGCCUGUAUCUGGACCAGUAGAAAUAUAACUUCUGCCUGUAUCUGGACCAGUAGAAAUAUAACUUCUGCCUGUAUCUGGACCAGUAGAAAUAUAACUUCUGCCUGUAUCUGGACCAGUAGAAAUAUAACUUCUGCCUGUAUCUGGACCAGUAGAAAUAAACCUCCCUCUGCCUUUAUCAGGACCAGUAGAAAUAGACCUCCAUCUGCCUGUAUCUGGACCAGUAGAAAUAUAACUUCUGCCUGUAUCUGGACCAGUAGAAAUAUAACUUCUGCCUGUAUCUGGACCAGUAGAAAUAUAACUUCUGCCUGUAUCUGGACCAGUAGAAAUAUAACUUCUGUUUGUAUCUGGACCAGUAGAAAUACCUUCUCCCUCUGCCUGUAUAAAUAGUCCAAUCAAAGGCACAGUGUUGUGAUGUGUGUCACUAAUUAUUAUUUCCCUGCCUUUAUUUCCAGAGCUAAGAUGGAGAGGACGUUCCUCUCUGCGCUCAUUAAGAAGUUUCUGGGUGUUCUGAUGUCCAUCUCCCCAGCAGGUAAGCAUUUAGCAACACAGUUAUGAUUUAUGAACAAAGCAGUGUUUUAUUAUUCCCCACAAGCAGCAGGCAGAAGAGAGAUUCUCAAGGCAAAAAAUAGUCCUCAUACAGAAAAAUGUGUCACACCUUGUUGUGCCAAUUUAUUUUAAAAGUUAGCAGAGAGGUACAAAUCUUACUCUGGCGGCAGACAGCCUAGCGGUUAAGAGCAUUGGGCCAGUAACCAAAAGGUUGCUGGUUCAAAUCCCAGAGCCGGCAAGGUAGGAAAAAAAUCUGUUGUUCUGAGGGCGGGGAACAGUUGUUGCUCAAGGGCAAGGCAGGUAGCUUAGUGGGUAAGAGCGUUGUGCCAGUAACCGAAAGGUCGCUGGUUCUAAUCCCCGAGCCGACUAGGUGAAAAAUCUGUCGAUGUGCCCUUGAGCAAGGCACUUAACCCUAAUUGCUCCUGUAAGUCGCUCUGGAUAAGAGCGUCUGCUAAAUGACGUAAAUGUUAACCCCUAACGAUAACUGCUCCCCAGGCGCCGAUGACGAGGAUGUCGCUUAAGGCAGCCCCCCGCGUUGGGUUAAAUGUGGAAGACACAUUUCAUUUGAAUGCAUUCAGUUGUACAACUGACUAGGUAUCCCCUUUCCCUUCCCUUCCCUACCAGUGGCAAACUAGGACACCCCAGGCACGUGUGACGAGCCAAAGAUCUUUGAUAGUCUUUAUCUAUGCGCAGGCCUCAUCUCUAUGUGACAUCUCUACAGUCCAGCCCUGUCUCAGGUGUCAUCUUCUCUCAGCCCAGACCUCAUUACGGGUGUGAGACACACCUUUUCAACCCUCUAUCCUUUCUUUCUGACUUGACCCCCACUCUGAAAGAGCAGCAAUGUCCAGAUGCUCCCCCUCUUCGCCUCCAUGGUGACGUAAUGCAGGGUGACACAGACCCCCCUCCCCACCCAGCCAACCUGAGUGCUCAGAAUAGCAUCUCUCCCAACAUGCAGCUAGGUGAAGGUGGUCAUGCUGUGACCCCCGACUCUAAUCCUCCCUGUCAGAGUCCUGGUACACAGCACGGGGACCCAUACACACACACACACAUACACAAACAUACACCUCCCCUAAUGAGGGCUGAUCUCCCAGUGCGCUGCAGUGCCUGAGGAAGACUCACACACGCGGUCUCCGUGCACGGCUGGGCCACAUCCCUUCAUCCCCCCAUUCCCUCCUGUGUUUUAGUGUGUGAUGGCAGAGUGUAUGGUCAUGUAUGUUAUUACCUAAUCUGAAUUGAACGACUCCCUGUGUUGUCUCUCUCAGGCCCUGUACCCAUGGAGAAGGUGCACUACUGCGAGAGGUUCAUCGAGCUCAUGAUUGACCUGGAGGUAAGAAACAUUUAUAAGGGACACUAUGGUCUUGUUGUGUAUUUAUGAAGGGUACCAGGCAGCCAUUUUAUAUAGGAUCAACUGAAUAUCUGCAUUCACUGAGCAUGCAAAGACGCUAGUGAGUUCGCUGUACCUACCUAUACAGCUAUUUUGGUCUUGAUCUGUGUUGAGUAUGGAAUCCUGUCCCUGAAUGACUGGUUUUUGAUGACUGUGAGAAAAGAAAGGUUAUUUCUAGCGUAGAGCGAUGGAGGUGUGUAAGGUCACAAUGUAGCGUUUUUUCUUAUUGUCUCUGUGGUCUGGCUUUAUGAUUACAUGUAGCAAGUGUGUCACAUAGUCAAGAUGGUUCCUUCCCUCUCCAGGCUGCAAGGCAACGGUGCUACUGUUUACACACAGGGAGGAUAGGAUGAAUUGAUUUCUCCUCCGUCUGAUGACAGGCUAUACUUUUCCCCCCCGGUACUGGCAAGACAAGCUGCCUCUGGAGAAAUCCUUUCCCCCUCAGCAGUAUCAUUUUACAAAGGGAUGGCUGAAAUCUCAUACUUCCCUCUCUGGGAUGAUAUGAUAAUGCCCUGUGAAUCUCUGUAAGGAAAAAGAGACCCUACAUUUUACAUGUGUGUUAGGCUGAGCUGUCUAUCUGUCAUGGCUCUGUGGAGAUCAAAGAUGGCUGCUGUACAUAAAGCUUGUCUGUCUGUCUGUCUGUGAGAGGGUAGUAUCAUUUGCAGCACCUUCCCUCUGUAGAGAGGUGAAUUCAAUGGAAUACAUUGAGGUUCUGCGGUUGACAUUUUCAUUGUUUUCUUAAAAAAUUUGAACUCUCUAACCCUCAUCUGUGAAAUAAAGAGUCGAAAACAACCUUCUGAAAUAGACCCUGAAUCAAUAGGGGCCUAUUUAUACUCUGGGCCUCAAUGCUGGGAAUUCUGGUUUGUAGAUGCAUUGAUCUGAAUGACCCCAGAGACCGAGUCAAUCCAUACAUGGACUAAGCCUGGUUCUGAUGUUGCACCGUCUCUGCUUGUUAUCAGCUACAGGCCUCGGCUGCAUAGUAAUAGUAGGCUGGAUUAUAUAACACCCUCAUUGUGUUUGUUAACAUUCUGACUGAGACCCUUGUUUUUCACUGUUGGAAUGUGUGUUGUCUUUCUGGGGCUUUUAUAUGUGUAUGUGUGAAGAAUCUCUUUUUUUUUCUUCAAUCAUAAUUAUUGAGGCUCUGGUCUCGUAUAAAGGCUUCUGUUUCAGCAUUGUUUUACCAUGAUGUGUAAUGCGUUGUUCCAUGUCUGUCUUCAGGCCCUGCUGCCCACCAGGCGCUGGUUCAACACGGUGCUGGACGACUCCCACCUGGUGGUGAGCUGCCACCUGUCCAUCCUCAUGCAGAGAGAGAAGGAGGGACACCUCUUCUGCCAGUUACUGGACAUGCUGAAGUUCUACACAGGCUUUGAGAUCAACGACCAGACGGGCAACGCCCUGACAGAGAAGGAGAUGACCACGCUCCACUAUGACAGAAUCACAUCACUGCAGGUACAUGCAUACAACACCAUGCUUGCCUCCAUUUUGUUAGUGUUCCUUACCUGUCUAGUUAAGAAUGUAUUGUGUAUUCAAAUAGUUAAUUUGAUAGGGAUAGUUGUAAACAUUAUUGGCACAUUUAAGCGUUAAAGAUAGAGCGAGAGAGUUGUGCACCUGGGAGACGUGGCCCGUGCUGUGAGUAAAACAUGUACGAAUAUGAAUCAUUCAGGAUUUAGUGACAGCUUCCAGAUGUCUUUUACAAUAAAUAAUAUCAAGUCAAAUUUCAGUCCUAGAGAGAAUUCUCAAUAAAUGUCAGUGUCAAACUAGUUUCAUGCAUUUUUACCUCUCAACUUGAAAUGAUGAAAUGCAUCUUCAGGGAAAUAUACAGGCUGGUUCAUCUGUUCUUAGCUUGCCUCUCCAUCUGUCCAUCUCUCUCUCUUUCCCAUACCUCUCUCUAGCCCCACAUAGAUGCUGGAUUAAUAAAUGAGGGAAAGCCUGCCUGACAUCACACUGGCUCUGAAGUGUGUGGGGUGGGUGGUGUUUGCACCUGCUUUAAUGUUUGUGUGUUGUCUUUCAGAGGGCAGCCUUUGCCCAUUUCCCGGAGCUGCAGGACUUUGCCCUGUCCAAUGUGGCAGCAGUGGACACACGGGAAUCCCUUACAAAACAGUUUGGCCAUCUCAGGUAAAGUGUGUGUGAUAUAGACUGGGGCGGGAGAAGAAUCAAUUGUGUGUGUGUGUCCUAUCCUUGUCUCCUUUCCUGCUGGUCCUAGGUGCUGCUGAGUUUGACAUAGUUAACACUGGGUCUCAGCAAGCCAGGUAGUGAAGUAUCCGUGCUGUUUUUGUGUGAAUUUAUCCCAAAGCUCUAUUUUUCUUCUGUGUAUUAUUGUUCUCAUGAAUAAAGCCAGGCUCUGCAUUGUUAUCCAGUCGCCCCACUGGCUUCAAAGCGGCUCUGGAAACUCCAAAUAUGCCCAUCACUUUUAAAAAGGCACUUUUUAUCCAGAAAACCCUAUUUUUAAUGCCAACUAUUUCAGCUGUGCUACCCACAAACUAAGCUGCCACUCGUCCACUAUUCCCGAUUGAUCUGUUAAGUACCCAAACCACACACACAGUAUUUUUCCCUUUCAGUUUUAAUGGCCCAGUGCAGUAAUAAACAUGAUUUUCCUGUGUUUUAUAUAUAUAUUUCCACACUAUGAGGUUGGAAUAAUAUUGUGAAAAUUAUGAUAAUGCCCUGUUGGUGUAAGAGCUUUCAGCCUGUUCUGGUGGAAUGGAGUUUUGGCCUGCCUUGUGAAAUCACCAGGUGGUGAAUUAGUUAAUAGACCAAUAAAAUAAGAGUUUCAUACCUCUCUGCCAAUAAUGGCUAGUUUUCAGUUUUCCCCUCCCUUCUCAGAUAGUCCCAGCAAAAUUAUUGCUUGAGAAAUUGCUCUUUGCUUAGAAGCUAUUUUUGUUUCUUUUUUACCCUUUUUAUUCGAAAACAAUUACAGGAAGGUACUUAAUUGUUAUCCAGAAAUUAUCUUAUAUUGAGAUAAUUGCUACAUUCAUCUCCUUAACAACUCAAAAUAAGCAGCUAUUUUUGCUUUGUCAUGAAGGGAGUAUAGUACAGCAGCGUGACCCAUCCAGUCCCUAGACUGACCAACUGCAUGGUCAGCAAAACCCCCGGAUCCGUGUGGUCAAACCAUGGCAUCAUCACGAGCCUGCCCACACUACUGCUCACAAUGACACGUGUUCCUGUCCGUCUGUACAGGACUCUGUCACAGUCUCUCUUUAUUACCAAUCCCUGGCACAUGUCACGUCAGUCUGAUUAAUGCAGAGAGCAGCCUCAACCCUCUGCCUCAGCUCUGAGAGAUGGAGAUGCGGUUGGAUUUUAAUAAUCGCGUCGCAUCGAUCCCCUGUACAGUCGUGGUCAAGCGUUUUGAGAAUGACACAAAUAUUAAUUUUCACAAAGUCUGCUGCCUCAGUUUUUAUGGUGGCAAUUUGCAUAUACUCCAGAAUGUUAUGAAGAGUGAUCAGAUGAAUUGCAAUUAAUUGCAAAGUCCCUCUUUGCCAUGAAAAUGAGUGUUGACAAGGCUGGAGAUCACUCUGUCAUGCUGAUUGAGUUAGAAUAACAGAAUGGAAGCUUUAAAAGGAGGGUGGUGCUUGAAAUCAUUGUUCUUCCUCUGUUAACCAUGGUUACCUGCAAGGAAACGUGCCGUCAUCAUUGCUUUGCACAAAAAGGGCUUCACAGGCAAGGAUAUUGCUGCUAGUAAGAUUGCACCUAAAUCAACCAUUUAUCGGAUCAUCAAGAACUUCAAGGAGAGAGGUUCAAUUGUUGUGAAGAAGGCUUCAGGGCGCCCAAGAAAGUCCAGCAAGUGCCAGGACCGUCUCCUAAAGUUGAUUCAGCUGCGGGAUCGGGGCACCACCAGUGCAGAGCUUGCUCAGGAAUGGCAGCAGGCAGGUGUGAGUGCAUCUGCACGCACAGUGAGGCAAAGACUUUUGGAGGAUGGCCUGGUGUCAAGAAGGGCAGCGAGGAAGCCACUUCUCUCCAGGAAAAACAUAAUGGACAGACUGAUAUUCUGCAAAAGGUACAGGGAUUAGACUGCUGAGGACUGGGGUAAAGUCAUUUUCUCUGAAGAAACCCCUUUCCAAUUGUUUGGGGUAUCUGGAAAAAAGCUUGUCUGGAGAAGACAAGGUGAGUGCUACCACCAGUCCUGUGUCAUGCCAACAGUAAAGCAUCCUGAGACCGUUCAUGUGUGGGGUUGCUUCUCAGCCAAGGGAGUGGGCUCACUUACAAUUUUGCCUAAGAACACAGGCAUGAAUAAAGAAUGGUACCAACACAUCCUCCAAGAGCAACUUCUCCCAACCAUCCAAGAACAGUUUGGUGACGAACAAUGCCUUUUCCAGCAUGAUGGAGCACCUUGCCAUAAGGCAAAAGUGAGAACUAAGUGGCUCGGGGAACAAAACAUCGACAUUUUGGGUCCACGGCCAGGAAACUCCCCAGACCUUAAUCCCAUUGAGAAUUUGUAGUCAAUCCUCAAGAGGCGGGUGGACAAACAAAAACCCACAAAUUCUGACAAACUCCAAGCAUUGAUUAUGCAAGAAUGGGCUGCCAUCAGUCAGGAUGUGGCCCAGAAGUUAAUUGACAGCAUGCCAGAGCGGAUUGCAGAGGUCUUGAAAAAGAAGGGUCAACACUGCAAAUAUUGACUCUUUGCAUAAACUUAAUGUAAUUGUCAAUGAAAGCCUUUGACACUUGUGGAAUGCUUGUAAUUAUACUUCAGUAUACCAUAGUAAUAUCUGACAAAAAUAUCUAAAAACACUGAAGCAGCAAACUUUGAAGACCAAUACUUGUCAUUCUCAAAACUUUUGACCACGACUGUACACGCCAUGCUGACAGUGUAGGACUGCAGUGGCCCUACCUAGCAGGGCAUAGUUGAGGAAAAUACGAGGACUAGCAUACAUUACGUCACCAUGCUAACAAGCACAGAUUUAAGAAACAGGCUAUAUGUUGGGAAAAUGUGGCACUUUUCAUAUUGUCAAAUGAAAGGUAGCGACCCGGACACUGGAAUAGGGGAAUUUUCCUCAGAAAAAUAGAAUAAUCAGCACACUGUAAAUAUUCUCCUGAAUGUGCAUUUCUACCCCUGGGUCUUCGUUGUAAAAAACAGACUGACUUAGCAGAAAAUAUACCACUCUUGUAAAGCAUGAUAUAUAUAUAUAUAUAUAUACACACACACACAAACAGUGAGGGGAAAAAGUAUUUGAUCCCCUGCUGAUUUUGUACGUUUGCCCACUGACAAAGAAAUGAUCAGUCUAUCAUUUUAAUGGUAGGUUUAUUUGAACAGUGAGAGACAGAAUAAAAACAACAAAAUCCAGAAAAAUGCAUGUCAAAAAUGUUAUAAAUUGAUAUGCAUUUUAGUGAGGGAAAUACGUUUUUGACCCCCUCUCAAUCAGAAAGAUUUCUGGCUCCCAGGUGUCUUUUAUACAGGUAACGAGCUGAGAUUAGGAGCACACUCUUAAAGGGAGUGCUCCUAAUCUCAGUUUGUUACCUGUAUAAAUGACACAUGUCCACAGAAGCAAUCAAUCAAUCAGAUUCCAAACUCUCCACCAUGGCCAAGACCAAAGAGCUCUCCAAGGAUGUCAGGGACAAGAUUGUAGACCUACACAAGGCUGGAAUGGGCUACAAGGCCAUCGCCAAGCAGCUUGGUGAGAAGGUGACAACAGUUGGUGCGAUUAUUCGCAAAUGGAAGAAACACAAAAGACCUGUCAAUCUCACUCGGCCUGGGGCUCCAUGCAAGCUCUCACCUCGUGGAGUUGCAAUGAUCAUGAGAACGGUGAGGAAUCAGCCCAGAACUACACGGGAGGAUCUUGUCAACGAUCUCAAGGCAGCUGGGACCAUAGACACCAAGAAAACAAUUGGUAACACACUACGCCGUGAAGGACUGAAAUCCUGCAGUGCCCGCAAGGUCCCCCUGCUCAAGAAAGCACACAUACAGGGCCGUCAGAAGGCUGCCAAUGAACAUCUGAAUGAUUCAGAGGAGAACUGGGGGAAAGUGUUGUGGUCAGAUGAGACCAAAAUCGAGCUCUUUGGCAUCAACUCAACUCGCCAUGUUUGGAGGAGGAGGAAUGCUGCCUAUGACCCCAAGAACACCAUCCCCACCGUCAAACAUGGAGGUGGGAAAAUUAUGCUUUGGGGAUGUUUUUCUGCUAAGGGGACAGGACAACUUCACCGCAUCAAAGGGACGAUGGACGGGGCCAUGUACCAUCAAAUCUUGGGUGAGAACCUCCUUCCCUCAGCCAGGGCAUUGAUAAUGGGUCGUGGAUGGCUAUUCCAGCAUGACAAUGACCCAAAACACACGGCCAAGGCAACAAAGGAGUUGCUCAAGAAGAAGCACAUUAAGGUCCUGGAGUGGCCUAGCCAGUCUCCAGACCUUAAUCCCAUAGAAAAUCUGUGGAGGGAGCUGAAGGUUUGAGUUGCCAAACGUCAGCCUCGAAACCUUAAUGACUUGGAGAAGAUCUGCAAAGAGGAGUGGGACAAAAUCCCUCCUGAGAUGUGUGCAAACCUGGUGGCCAACUACAAGAAACGUCUGACCUCUAUGUUUGCCAACAAGGGUUUUGCCACCAAGUACUAAAUCAUGUUUUGCAGAGGGGUCAAAUACUUAUUUCCCUCAUUAAAAUGCUAAUCAAUUCAUAACAGUUUUUCUGGAGUUUUUUUCUUUCUCUCACUGUUCAAAUAAACCUAACAUUAAAAUUAUAGACUGAUCAUGUCUUUGUCAGUGGGCAAACGUACAAAAUCAGCAGGGGAUCAAAUACUUUUUUCCCUCACUGUGUGUAUAUAUAUAUAUAUAUAUAUAUAUAUAUAUAUAUAUAUAUAUAUAUAUAUAUAUAUAUAUAUAUAUAUAUAUAUAUAUAUAUAUAUAUAUAUAUAUAUAUAUACACUGCUCAAAAAAAUAAAGGGAACACUUAAACAACACAAUGUAACUCCAAGUCAAUCACACUUCUGUGAAAUCAAACUGUCCACUUAGGAAGCAACACUGAUUGACAAAUUUCACAUGCCGUUGUGCAAAUGGAAUAGACAACAGGUGGAAAUUAUAGGCAGUUAGCAAGACACCCCCAAUAAAGGACUGGUUUUGCAGGUGGUGACCACAGACCACUUCUCAGUUCCUAUGCUUCUUGGCUGAUGUUUUGGUCACUUUUGAAUGUUGGUGAUGCUUUCACUCUAGUGGUAGCAUGAGACGGAGUCUACAACCCACACAAGUGGCUCAGGUAGUGCAGCUCAUCCAGGAUGGCACAUCAAUGCGAGCUGUGGCAAGAAGGUUUGCUGUGUCUGUCAGCGUAGUGUCCAGAGCAUGGAGGCGCUACCAGGAGACAGGCCAUACAUCAGGAGACGUGGAGGAGGCCGUAGGAGGGCAACAACCCAGCAGCAGGACUGCUAGCUGCCUUUGUGCAAGGAGGAGCAGGAGGAGCACUGCCAGAGCUCUGCAAAAUGACCUCCAGCAGGCCACAAAUGUGCAUGUGUCUGCUCAAACGGUCAGAAACAGACUCCAUGAGGGUGGUAUGAGGGCCCGACGUCCACAGGUGGGGGUUGUGCUUACAGCCCAACACCGUGCAGGACAUUUGGCAUUUGCCAGAGAACACCAAGAUUGGCAAAUUUGCCACUGGCGCCCUGUGCUCUUCACAGAUGAAAUCAGGUUCACACUGAGCACAUGUGACAGAGUCUGGAGAUGCCGUGGAGAACGUUCUGCUGCCUGCAACAUCCUCCAGCAUGACCGGUUUGGCGGUGGGUCAGUCAUGGUGUGGGGUGUCAUUUCUUUGGGGGGCCUCCAUAUGCUCGCCAGAGGUAGCCUGACUGCCGUUAGGUACCGAGAUGAGAUCCUCAGACCCCUUGUGAGACCAUAUGCUGGUGCGGUUGGCCCUGGGUUCCUCCUAAUGCAAGACAAUGCUAGACCUCAUGUGGCUGGAGUGUGUCAGCAGUUCCUGCAAGAGGAAGGCAUUGAUGCUAUGGACUGGCCCGCCUGUUCCCCAGACCUGAAUCCAAUUGAGCACAUCUGGGACAUCAUGUCUCGCUCCAUCCACCAACGCCACGUUGCACCACAGACUGUCCAGGAGUUGGCGGAUGCUUUAGGCCAGGUCUGGGAGGAGAUCCCUCAGGAGACCAUCCGCCACCUCAUCAGGAGCAUGCCCAGGCGUUGUAGGGAGGUCAUACAGGCACGUGGAGGCCACACACACUACUGAGCCUCAUUUUGACUUGUUUUAAGGACAUUACAUCAAAGUUGGAUCAGCCUGUAGUGUGGUUUUCCACUUUAAUUUUGAGGGUGACUCCAAAUCCAGACCUCCAUGGGUUGAUAAAUUUGAUUUCCUUUGAUAAUUUUUGUGUGAUUUUGUUGUCAGCACAUUCAACUAUGUAAAAAUUAUUUCAUUCAUUCAGAUCUAGGAUGUGUUGUUUAAGUGUUCCCUUUAUUUUUUUGAGCAGUAUAUAUAUAUAUAUAUAUAUUAAUUAAUUAAUUGUAGGUCAGUUGGUAGAGCAUGGCACUUGCAACGCUGGGGUUGUGGGUUCGUUUCCCACGGGGGGCCAGUAUGAAAAUGUAUGCACUCACUAACUGUAAGUCGCUCUGGAUAAGAGCGUCUGCUAAAUGACUUAAAUGUAAAUAUGCUGUUUCCCCCCCCUCCCUGCAGUUCCAACACUCUCCACCGGGUGGCCUCGUAUCUAUGCCUCUUACCAGAGCUGGCAGAUGGACAGGACACCACCUAUGAGAAGGAGGUCCUCCUGGAGCUGCUGGUAGGUGCUGCUACUAAGCAGGGAGAAGUUGUCCCUAACCACUGAUCGAGGGUCAGAUAUUUAUGUCAUCGUCCUAAUGCUUUAAGUUAGGAAUGGGGAAAGGGUAAUCUGAACCUCGAUCUGUGGUUAGGGGUGAUGGGAAGUGAAUGAUACUGAGACGCCCCCCAAGAUGUUCUUAAGCAUGAGAGAAUGAGAGAACCCCUCUCUAUUUACAGCUUGGCUAAAUAGCAGCAACGUCAGGAUAUGGUCAUUUACAGAACAAUAACCGCCUUGAGAGAGUAGCGGCAUAACGGGUUUUUGUGGCUCGUUUAAAAAACAUUAAUUUAUGCUUUUGACCUUGGAAUACAUACAGUAUGCAACCCCCCACCCCAGCAAGGUUUCUCUUAUCCUAGGAAAAGACAACAGUGGAUCUGAUUGCUCUCCACACACACACCCUUAGUCCCUUCUAAAAACAGGCAUCCAGUGUGUUGAAGACAAGUCUCAUCCCCCAUAACCCUCCAUCACCAAGCGACCAGCCCAUCCACUGACCUGCUCCAUCCUUACUACUGUAAUUACCCACUUCAAGUCUUCUCUAGGCCUCCUCUCCCCACUACUGAAGAUAAGCUUUUCCAUAAUUAGCUGAUUAGAUUGUUCCCAGAGCAAAUGUCAGGGGACUCAUUUGGCCCCGGGUUGCCCUGGGCAACCGAAAAUCUCCAAAGAUUCCACUUUGGUACUGUGUGUCUGUGUCAGAGGCUUGGAGCGCUGUGCUGUACGGUAGGGAGCAGAGCAGAGCAGCUAACACAGACACUGCAGAGAGAGUCUGUAAUUAAACCUGGGAAGGAGAGGAUGAGCUGACUAGAGUUAUGCUGUGUGUUCAGCCUCUAGCUAUCACUGUUCUGAUGUGUAUUUACUUAAUUCCUCAAAGACAUUAACCAACCACUCUUGAAUUCUGAACAGGUUAUCGUUUUUCCUCUGUUGAAUGAUUUCUUAGGGGAAGUUGGGGACUUGAGAUUACCUGGAUUGCUGUGAAUUUGAUCCAACAUUAUGAUAUUUGUUAGGUUUUGCAUAGUUUUGCAAUAAUUGUCAGAGGUAUAUGAACUGAACGUUAUUCUCAAUCGGGGCAUAGGGUCUAGAUCUCUAUGGACCUCUCUGCCAGUCCCUAAUGGAUGACUAUGACAAAACCCUGGGUUAGAUGGUGACUGGCAGGGAACACAGCAGUGUAACAGGAUGGAUGACUAUGACAAAACCCUGGGUUAGAUGGUGACUGGCAGGGAACACAGCAGUGUAACAGGAUGGAUGACUAUGACAAAACCCUGGGUUAGAUGGUGACUGGCAGGGAACACAGCAGUGUAACAGGAUGGAUGACUAUGACAAAACCCUGGGUUAGAUGGUGACUGGCAGGGAACACAGCAGUGUAACAGGAUGGAUGACUAUGACAACCCUGGGUUAGAUGGUGACUGGCAGGGAACACAGCAGUGUAACAGGAUGGAUGACUAUGACAAAACCCUGGGUUAGAUGGUGACUGGCAGGGAACACAGCAGUGUAACAGGAUGGAUGACUAUGACAACCCUGGGUUAGAUGGUGACUGGCAGGGAACACAGCAGUGUAACAGGAUGGAUGACUAUGACAACCCUGGGUUAGAUGGUGACUGGCAGGGAACACAGCAGUGUAACAGGAUGGAUGACUAUGACAAAACCCUGGGUUAGAUGGUGACUGGCAGGGAACACAGCAGUGUAACAGGAUGGAUGACUAUGACAACCCUGGGUUAGAUGGUGACUGGCAGGGAACACAGCAGUGUAACAGGAUGGAUGACUAUGACAACCCUGGGUUAGAUGGUGACUGGCAGGGAACACAGCAGUGUAACAGGAUUAGCGUAGCAUGGCGGAUAUUGACUGACUGCUCACAUAUGGGAACACAGGGAUUAUAUAGGCUAAAACACACACACACAGCUGGCAGGCUAACUAAGGAGAUAAGAGCCCAACAGUAUGAAUGUGGGGUUUGUAAUGACAAACGGACGGUGACUGGUGUGAUGCAAUGCGUCUGACCCGAUUAAAACAUUGUUUUUAAUACCACUGUCUGUGAUCUAGUGAGUGAGGGGGAGGAUACGUCUUGUAAGGGCAGUCAGUGCCAGAGUGGGCCAAUGGCUCAUUAAUCACAUUUCUUUCUCCAUCUCUUUCUUCCUUCUCACACACACUUCCAGGUGUCUCGUCAUGAGAGGAGAAUCUCCCAGAUCGAGCAACUUAAUCAGAUGCCUCUUUAUCCAACAGAGAAGAUUAUCUGGGAUGAGAACAUCGUCCCCACUGAGUACUAUUCUGGCGAAGGUCUGUGUGUCUGUCUACGGUAUCUCCUCGCAAACUCAUCACACACACACACCGCUGUUAUCCCACACCUCAGGGUCACUGAGCUGGCAUCCUCUUAAUGGGCAAUCCUCUUUAGGCCGGCAGGGGCACCUUCACCAGCUAAGAUGCCUACAGCCCCAUAAACCCAUUGAAAUCCAUGAGCCUAUCGACAUCUAUAAGGCUAUCUGUUUUAGCCUGCCAAGAGAUUACAGGUUUAAACUAGCCGUAUAGUCAACUCUGCCACUGUUCUAUCAAAGGGAUUGUCCUGGUCAAGUGGGUCCAGAAUUGUUAAUGGUCAGGGAAAACACAAGGCCCUAUUUAUGUUACACUGAAAUAGAUGUGUAGGUAAUAGGUCUAUACCAAUGACAUGCAUCCAAUUCUGAGCAUUUGUACCCAAAUCUCUCUGUUUAGUCUUUGUGUGUGUGUGUGUGUGUUCCAGGUUGUCUGGCUCUGCCUAAGCUGAACCUGCAGUUCCUGACCCUCCACGACUACCUGCUGAGAAACUUCAACCUGUUCCGUCUGGAGUCCACCUACGAGAUCAGACAGGAUGUGGAGGACGUGGUGACUCGCAUGAAACCAUGGUGAGCAGAGAACGCACACACACUUAUAACUGAUGGUAAAAUAAGGUUGCCACAUUUCUGUUUCCUUCAAAUUUAUAAUUUUGUAUCACUCAUAUAUCAUAACUCAAUUUCUAUGACAUAUUCAGGCAGUCAGAGUAUGGUGGUGUGGUGUUUUGGGGGUUGACCUGUUGUCUUGUCUUCCUAUAGGCAGUCAGAGUAUGGUGGUGUGGUGUUUGGGGGCUGGGCCAGGAUGGCUCAGACCAUCACAGCCUUCUCCAUUGUGGAGGUGGCCAAGCCCAACAUCGGAGAGAACUGGCCCGCCCGCGUCCGAGCUGACAUCACUGUGAAUCUCAACGUACGAGACCACAUCAAACACGAGUGGGAAGGUACAUGGCUCUUUUCUCCUACCUCUCCUUUCUCUAUCCCCUGCUCUCUCGCGCUCCCCCUCUCUUUUCUUCCUUUCAGCAUUCACUCUAUCCCCCGUCUCUUUUCUUUUAUACUCCUUUUCUCAUCCACUGUCUCCCUCCCUCUAUCUUUCUAUGGAUCCCACUCCAACAUCUCAAUAAUAAAGCCUUUAUGUCCUCCAUAAAGUAUUUUCAUCCAGACCUCUAUAUCCAAUCCUGCUGUACCUUGACCUGUGACCUCCUCUAGCCUUGUCUGCCUGUAGACAUGUUGUUUCCUACCAGCCCUGACCACUUGGCUUCAGUGUUUUAUUUCCUCAUCUGCUUCCCCCAACGGGUGCAGCAGGGCUACUGUAGAUAAUGUUGGCCUCCCUGGCAUUGAUUGUGUCGGACCCCAGUAAGACUAGCUGUCGCCAUUGGCGUCGGCUAAUGGGGAUCCUAAUAAAUCAAGAUUCAUCGUUUUACCAUGAGCAUAUCCAACCAUACAACACUGGCUGACUGUAGCUAGCAAGAGAUGAUAUAGGUUGUUCUAGCAAAGAGGAAUGUUUUGAAGAAUAAAGGAUGAAAUGCUGGCGCUCAAGCCAGGGAAAGUAUAAGGAUAUGGAAAUUGUGCUGGUCAAUUACAGUGAAUUGAUUAAUUAAAAAUAAAUCUAUAGUUUUACUAAAGGAAUCUCUGCUCUCCAACCAUACCUAGCAAACCUCUGAGUGCAGGAGGAUGGCUCAAUGUCAUGUCAAUAUCCUCCUCCCCUUUGUAUAAUUAGAACUUCAUGUUUUAAAGAUCAGCCCAGCGCUGACGGGGCAUUGUGUCUCUCUCUGUCUUUCUCUCGCUCAUUCUCUCUCUCACUCUCCUCACCUUUCCCAGGGCUGCGUAAGCACGAUGUUUGCUUUCUGGUCACGGUGCGGCCGAACCUGCCCUACGGCACACGCUUCGACCGGCGCCAGCCCUUUGUGGAGCAGACAGGCCUGGCCUACGUGAGGGGCUGCGAGGUGCAGGGCAUGCUGGACGACAAGGGCCGUGUCAUAGAGGAAGGUAGGUUGGCACUCAGACGGGCAUCUGUAUACACACCAGCGUACACACACAGACGUGCAUACAUACCCUUCCUACCACCACACACACCGGCACACACAUCCUGCCCAUACACACUCACACAUACACACCCUUCCCCUCAUCCUCCUCCGACCCCCUAACUUCCAGCCCAUGAGGUCUGGUGGGGUUGUCAUGGUGACACUCAACCAGAGACCUGACCUGUUCGCAUUAACACUCCAUUAACCUUAGGGCAACCCAUCGCACUUGAACGCCUCUCAAUGUUUUAUUUAUUCUAUUUUACUGAGGUAGAAAGGGACAUGUUAUACAGUGCAUUCGGAAAGUAUUCAGACCCCUUUUUCCACAUCUUGUUACGUUACAGCAUUAUUCUAAAAUUGAUUAAAUUAUUUUUUGCCCUCAACAAUCUACACACUACCCCAUAAUGAAACAGCGAAAACAGACUUUUUAUUAAAAAAAACAGAAAUACCAUAUUUCCAUAAGUAUUCAGACCCUUUGCUAUGAGACACAAAAUUUCGCUCAGGUGUUUCCAUUGAUCAUCCUUGAGAUAUUUCUACAACUUGAUUGGAAUCCACCUGUGGUAAAUUCAAUUGAUUGGACAUGAUUUGGAAAGGCACACAACUGUCUAUAUAAGGUCCCACAGUUGACAGUGCAUGUCAGAGCAAAAACCAAGCCUUGAGGUCAAAGAAAUUGUCCGUAGAGCUCCGAGACAGGAUUGUGUCGAGGCACAGAUCUGGGGAAGAGUACCAAAACAUUUCUGCAGCAUUGAAGGUCCCCAAGAACACAGUGGCCUCCAUCAUUCUUAAAUGGAAGAAGUUUGGAACCACCAAGAUUCUUCCUAGAGCUGGCCGCCCGGUCAAACUGAGCAAUCGGGGCCACCUCAGGGAGGUGACCAAGAACCUUAUGGUCACUCUGACAGAGCUCCAGAGUUCUUCUGUGGAGAUGGGAGAAUCUUCCAGAAGGAUAACCAUCUCUGCAGCACUCUACCAAUCAGGCCUUUAUGGUAGAGAUGCCAGACGGAAGCCACUCCUCAGUAAAAGGCACAUGACCGCCUGCUUGGAGUGUGCCAAAAGGCACCUAAAGGACUCUCAGACCAUGAAACAAGAUUCUCUGGUCUGAUGAAACCAAGAUUGAACUCUUUGGCCUGAAUACCAGCGUCACGUAUUCUGGCACCAUCCCUACGGUGAAGCAUGGUGGUGGCAGCAUCAUGCUGUGGGGAUGUUCUUCAGGGACUGGGAGACUAGUCAGGAUUGAGGGAAAGGUGAACAGAGCAAAGUACAGAGAGAUCCUUGAUGAAAACCUGCUCCAGAGCUCUCAGGACCUCAGACUGGGCCAAAGGUUCACCUUCCAACAGGACAAUGACCCAAAGCACACAGCCAAGACAACGCAGGAGUGGCUUCGGGACAAGUCUCAGAACUUUUUUUUGCUUUCUCAUUAUGGGUUAUUGUGUGUAGAUUGAGGGGGGAAAACGAUUUAAUCUGUUUUAUAAUAAGGGCUGUAACGUAACAAAAUGUGGAGUAAGUCAAGGGGUCUGAAUACUUUCCGAAUGCACUGUAUGACGGGCUUCUCUAGACUCCAGAAUAACAUGACAGCCAUAGUCUCAGAUCCAUCCUAUUGAAGCUGUGACUGGGCCUGCCAUGGCUUUUCUUUCCCCUGUGGUUUGGCUAUGAAAGGAGACAUUCAGGCAUGUUACCCUGAUCAAAGGUCCGUUUUGCAUUUCCCCUCCUAAUGAUUAACGUUAUGAUUGGGGAAGGGUACGCUUAUCCUAGAGCUUAGCCUCCUACAGGCAACUUCUACCUAGAGCCUUCUUCUUCCACCAGCAGAGUUCAGAGCAGGCUAUUGGAGUGGAUUGGAUGUAAAAUCAGGUUAACCUCCAGACAUGGUAUCCUAAGUGUUCCUCCUUUCCCAUGUCUGAACAUGUGUCCGUGCACCACUACCAAAACACUAUGUCCCCUCUUUGCUCCUCUCCAUAUUCCCACUGUAUUAAAAAUGUAGAGAGCGGUGCUAACUGGGCUGGUGUAUCUAUGAAACUUUCAGAUGCCCACAGGGCUGAGCCAGGGACAGACAUGUCACGUGUAUCACUGGGCGCUUUGUGUAAAGUGGCGCUAUCGUUUAUUUAUUUAUCCUCCAUUUAUUCAGAAACCCCAGAGAUAUUUAAAAUGUAAUAUACAAGGGGGCUUUUUGGCCUGUCCAAAAUUGCUAUAAGCUGUAAAAGUCAGUAAAGUAAAGCUGGAAAUGGCUGAAAGAUACAACCACGUAAAUCUGAUUUUGGUUACUUUUCCCUACUGGCUACAUGCCUAGCUCUUCACAGACACCCAUCUCCAGCUGUCCUCAGCCCUUUAUCCCAGUGUGUUUAGUGUCCUCCUUCCAGCCACUCAUUCGUCAAUCGCACCACACUUCUUUAAAGGAAAUACAUGGGACGGGCUACCGGUUUGAGUUUCACUUCCAGGGCUCUGGACUAUGGCACCAGGUCUAAAGCCUCUAGCCUGUGUGUGAGAGGCAUGAGAAUGUAAAUGUGUGUUGGUGCUGAGGUGGCAGAUGAGUGGCAUGAGAAUGUACUGUGGGGGUGGAUGCUGAGGUGGGAGUGGCCUGGACUAGGAUUUGAGAGUUUAGCUCUCUCGGGGACUAGGGAAGAUGCCCUGGUGUUUAUGAAAUGGUAGGCAUACGAUGAGCCCUAAAAUGGGCCGUCUUUUUGGGGGGUCUGGCCAGUGUAACUAAUGCUUCUCUGAUUUCAAGGACAGUGGUCCUCUCUUUCAUCUUUCUCUCUAAUCUCUCUCUCUCUCGCUGUGUGUCCUUGUGUUGUUACAUAAGUGUUGAACAUUGCCAGGCUCAUAUACCCACCGUACAUCAUUAGCCAUGUAUUGGCUGGUAGACGAUAUGUUGAGAAUUAAUUUCAUAACUCUUUGGUUACGAUUAAACCUCCAAAUGGAAUUUGUAUUUCGGGGGUUAGUUGAAUUGCAUGCAAUGAUGUAUAUAUAAACCCUGGAUUGCCGAUGCUAUGUAUUGGCUAGUGAGAGGCUUUGAAGCCACCGGUCGGCCGUAAUGGCACUCCCCAGAAGCAGCAGUUCUCCAUAGGAAUGAAUGGAAUUCUACAGUAUUUCAAUUAAAUGUUUCAAGGCCAAAAUUACAUUUAUUUAAGUAUGUUUUUGUUGUAGUGGGGACAGUAACAUUAGAACGUUUGAAAAACUAUACUUUAAGGAAAAUGUUUUCAUUUUUAUGUUUAGCUCACAUAAUAUAAUUUAAAAGUAUGCAUUAAGGUGUCUGCAACAGAAUACAUGUGGCAAAAACAAAUGUAGACAUUAAUAAAUGCAUUUCUAUAGCUUACAAAAUAUUAUUUUACAACGGUGGGGGCGUGCGAAGAUGGUGUGGUGGCUUCAAAACAGCGCCCCCUGACGGUCAUCUAGUGUGUAUACAGUAUAUAAAUCAUUGGUUGCAUGUCACAAGAUCACUUAGCGUAGCACAACAGUUUCUACCUUGCAUGCCUGUUUUUAUUUUCUCAAGUGAAUGAAUACUAAAAACAAUAGCUUUAAAUAUUAAACCGUUUAAAAUCCUAUCAUAUAUUUUAUUCGUACUGGAAAUGUACAGGUAAACUUUUUGCCUUAAUGCAGAUACUUAUUAAUUCAAUCUGGACCAUAAUGUACUACAAUGUGUUGUCCCUAUCCUAUUCAACAGGCCCUGACCCCAAGCCCAAACUGAGAGGAGACACCAGGACGUUCAGAGUGUGGCUGGACCCUAACCAGUACCAGCAGGAUAUGACCAGCAACAUCCAGAACGCCACUGAGGACCCCUACGAGUCCUUCAACAUCAUCAUGAGACGCAAGCCCAAAGAGAACAACUUCAAGGUUAGUAGGGAGGACUGUUACUGCACAUUACACAUGACCCAGACCACCUUUGUUAUUUAAACUCCCUCUCUCUAUAUCCAUCCCUUCUUCCCUUGUUUCAUACUACCUCUCACCUUCCAUCCAUCCAUUUAUUGCUUCCUCCCUCUUUCCCUUCCCUUCAUCCCUCCCUUUAUUUGAGCAUCACCGCCAGGCCUUGAUCUCUUCUCCUCCACCCCACCCCUGGGUGAUCAAUCACUGCCUGGUCCGGGAGCUGGAAGCCUGAGGGUGAUCCAGGAUUACCUCCAGCUCAAGGCCUCUGAUUCCCCCCACUGACCCCAGACAGAGGCCCUCGAGGAUGGGUGACCUUGCACCGCACGCCCCCCUCCCCCUCAUCUCUCUAGGCGUCCAUCUCUGGAGGCAUGCCUGUAGUACGAUGCACAUUCUGUUAAAUCAGGUUGGACUACUGGAGACUGCUGCUGCUGGCAGAGAUGGCCAAGAGAGCCAGCAGUUAUCUUGGAAAUUCAAAUGUAGCCGUUAACUAUCUUGGUGUUUUGUUUUCUCCCCUAGGCUGUCCUGGAGACGAUCAGAAACCUGAUGAACACUGAGUGUGUGGUCCCAGAAUGGCUCCAUGACAUCAUCCUGGGCUAUGGCGACCCGGGCUCCGCCCACUACUCCAAGAUGCCCAAUCAGAUCUCCUCCCUUGACUUCAAUGACACCUUCCUGUCGAUCGACCACCUGAGGUCCUGUUUCCCUGGUUACACCGUCAAGGUCACUGAGGACAACCCCAAGCUGCAGAUACCCCCCUUCAGGUCAGAGGUCAAGGGUCAGAUGGAGUAGGGUUGGGGUCAUUGUCUUCCUGGGGUGUUGUCUUUUUGAUGUGGUCCAACCUCAACAUAUCUUUGAACCUUCUGCUCUUUCCCCACCCUAGAAUCAAGUUCCCUGUGCAGAACAAGGCAGACAAAGGCAAGAAGAGGAAGGCAGACUCUGAGGAGGAGAAAAAGGAGGAAGAAAAAAUGCUUAUAGUGGAGCCUCACGUCACGCCCAACCGGGGGCCCUACCCCUACAACCAGCCCAAACGGUGAGGUUCGAAGAUUAAAUCCUGCAGGAGCCCCUGCAGGGUUGGCACUGCACAGAGGUCAAGUCCUUGUCCUCUCUCUAGCCAGUCAAGUCUCAUCUUGCUCCAGUGUGUCCGCAGGGCUCCUAAAUAAAGCACCCACCUUUUUGUUUAGCCUCCGCUCAGGGCCUGCGUGUUUCCACCCCUAACGUGCCUGCCUGCUCCAAAUUUAGCUUCCCCCAAAGGCCCGACAAGUUUAUGCUUGAGGGCAUUGACAGAGCAAACCUUUCCCCCUAGAGCAAAAACAACCCAGCUCUGUAAAAUGCAAUGCUCUAAAAUGUUUACAUUUCUGUCAGGGACGUUUUAUACUGAUUUCUAUUUAUUCGGAUUGGUGUGUUUUGAUUUGCUAUGUUAGCGUGAGCUCUGGGGAUUUGCGCUGUUGGCUGUGUAAAGUUUUGGUGGUUCUGUUUGGUGAGGUAAUUUCUUGACAUUUUAGCCCUGUAGCAAACUAGAUCAAAACAAACUGUCAAAGUCUUAAUUAUAUCAAUCUUAAUCAUAACUGAACAGAAAUUAAUUGCCUUGUUAGUUAAUAAAAUUAUCAUUCAUCUGAUCUGAUGGUAACUUUGCUUCUUCAGUUGCACUUUGAUAUUGAAAUCCUUUUAGGCACAGAAACUCCUCUGGGUCCCUUGACUGAAAUGUCUUUCAUGAGGUUUUCGAACUCUUCAUCACAGAGCUUGUUAAAAACAGCUCUCGUUUAGCUUCUCUGAAGUUUUCAACAUGUUCCUUAAAAUCCUCUAACCAUUAGUUAAAACUUUGUGUGUUUGAACAGAAAUACCAUCCAGUUUACACCAACUCAGAUUGAGGCCAUCCGUGCUGGGAUGCAGCCUGGACUGACUAUGGUAAGAACAUUUACUGUCUUAAGUAUACCUCUUGUCUGCUACUGACUUUUUUUUAUACUAAUACACUAAACUGACCUCAUACUGCUCAUAGGAACCAUUUGAUAUUGCUUUUCAUACUUUAAUAUACUGUCAAAAUAAAACAUAUUGUCUAGCAAAAAGCUGUUGGUAAAAAAAAAUAUGCAUUGACUAAUCCUAUCUGGCCACUUUAAUAAACCAAGGCAAUGGACAGACGGCAUUAAAAGUUUGAGCAACAAUUGAACUCUCCCAUCCAUUGGCUCGUGAGUUAAACUGUGCCUUUCAAUCACUCAUAGCCCAGAGUGUGAUGUUGGCUACCUCAGCAGGCCCGCCAUACCAGUGAGCUGUGAUAUGACAGGUGUAAUAUUGGCCCUGUCUGCUUGAAGAGCUGAGGAUUUGUAACCACUCUGCCUGACGCAGUGGACUGGCUGGGGACUUCCCCAGCCACUAGUAAAUAAGGUGGAGUUAUUUGGCGUCCCAAUCCCCAUCACUCAUGCAGAACUCAGUCAGACCUUGCCAGUGAAAUACUUCCCUGAAAGCCCCUCCGCUAAAUUAUCUUAAAUGGUGCCGAUGGAGCACACACACUAAAACGCACACACACACAGCCUCUCAGAAACGCACAUACACACUCUACUACCCACUCUAGUGUUCCUGGUGACAGCACACACACACACUACCGCCUUGCUUUGAUGAAGCUCAUUCCCGGCCUGGUGAUCGGUAGCUGGCUGAGGGGUCGGUCUGUUAUUUAUUGGGUGACUGCUGUGGAGUAAAUAUGGCAGUCGUAAAACAACUCUGCACAGACACACACAUCGCUCACUGGCAUGUCACGACAAUCGUUAGAAGUCAAGACCGCCUCCCAGUCAAGACCGCCUCCCAGUCAAGACCGCCUCCCAGUCAAGACCGCCUCCCAGUCAAGACCGCCUCCCAGUCAAGACCCCCUCCCAGUCCCCUCCCAGCCAAGACAGCCUCCCAGCCAAGACAGCCUCCCAGCCAAGACAGCCUCCCAGUCCCAUGCUUUGCCUAUCAUCUGUUGGAUCAGUUUUGGAGCCAUUUUUAGGCCAGGUUUAAAGUUUUUACACUGUUUUGGGGUGUCCAGUCUGUAAAGUGGUCUGGCUUUUUUGCGAGUGCUUUAAAAGGACUUACCUGAGGUAAGACGGUGGCUAAAUAAAUGUUUUAUGAAUAUACCGUCAAGUAAACUCUAUUCCCAGGUGUAGCCUCCGCUAGUCUGUGAGCACCUUUUGUCCUGGGAAAGCCCUGAUGAAAAUGGAAACACAAAUAGUUUGUUUAUGAGCCUGUCCUUUCCGACUGGUGUAGUGGUGUUUAUGUGUUUGAGGACGGUGAUAGUUCUAGACUAGACCCAAUGAUCUCUAAAGCCUUAACUAGAUACAAUGAAGGUCAAGGAGCCAAUGGAAAGAGCUUAAUGGGCGCUCUAGUUUUAUUUGUUCUCUCUCUGUUUCUGUGUCCUUGCCUGUGAGUGCAGGGAGGAUGACCUUGCAUGCCAAGCACUUCUCACCUCAGCCCUACUCACACACAGGUCCUGUCUGAUCCACUGAGGGGAAAACUGUGUGUUCUGACAGGCACAGGGCCUUCUUGUCAGAACCACUGUGGCAGAGGCCUUUUCUGUUAUCUAACCACCCUUCUCCUUUUUCUCCUCCGUGCACUUUCUCUCUAUCCCUCCUCCCUCACUCUCUCUAGGUGGUGGGUCCUCCAGGUACAGGAAAGACCGAUGUGGCCGUCCAGAUCAUCUCCAACCUCUACCACAACUUCCCUGAGCAGAGAACCCUCAUAGUCACACACUCCAACCAAGUAGGAAACGCCUCUAAAAUGACUAAAUUGACAUAAACUGUGCAUUCGGAAAGUAUUCAGACCCCUUGACUUUUUCCACAUUUUGUUACGUUAAAGCCUUAUUCAAAAAUGUAAUAAAAAUCUCAUCCAUCUACACCCAAUACCCCAUAAUGACAAAGAGAAAACAGGUCUUUAGAAAUGUUGGCUAAUUUAUUACAAAGGAAAAACAGAUACCUUAUUUACAUAAGUAUUCAGACCCUUUGCUAUGAGACUCGAAAUUGAGCUCCGGUGCAUCCUGUUUCCAUUAUUCAUCCUUCAGAUGUUUCUACAACUUGAUUGGAGUCCACUUGUGGUAAAUUCAAUUGUUUGGACAUGAUUUGGAAAGGCACACACCUGUCUAUGUAAGGUCCCACAGUUGACAGUGCAUGUCAGAGCAAAAACCAAGCCAUGAGGUCGAAGAAAUUGUCCGUAGAGCUCCGAGACAGGAUUGUAUCGAGGCACAGAUCUGGGGAAGGGUACCAAAAAUGUCUGCAGCAUUGAAGGUCCCCAAGAACACAGUGGCCUCCAUCAUUCUUAAAUGGAAGAAGUUUGGAACCACCAAGACUCUUCCUGGAGCUGGCCACCUGGCCAAACUGAGCAAUCGGGGGAGAAGGGCCUUGGUCAGGGAUGUGACCAAGAACCCGAUUUGUCACUCUGACAGAGCUCCAGAGUUCCUCUGUGGAGAUGGGAGAACUUUCCAGAAGGACAACCAUCUCUGCAGCACUCCACCAAUCAGGCCUUUAUGGUAGAGUGGCCAGACGGAAGCCACUCCUCAGUAAAAUGCACAUGACAGCCCGCCUGGAGUUUGCCAAAAGGCACCUAAAGGACUCUGACCAUGAGAAACAAGAUUCUCUGGUCUGAUGAAACCAAGAUUUAACUCUUUGGCCUGAAUGCCAAGCGUCACAUCUGGAAGAAACCUUGCACCAUCCCUACGGUGAAGCAUGGUGGUGGCAGCAUCAUGCUGAAGGGAUGUUUUUCAGCAGCAGGGACUGGGAGACUAGUCAGGAUCAAGGGAAAGAUGAACGGAGCAAAAUACAGACAGAUCCUUGAUGAAAACCUGCUCCAGAGCGCUCAGGACCUCAGACUGGGUCAAAGGUUCACCUUCCAACAGGACUACGACCCUAAGCACACAGCCAAGACCACGCAGGAGUGGUCUGAAUACUUUCCGAAUGCAUUGUAUAUCAUCAUUUAUAGGCAUGUAGCAGAAGAUUUUAUCCAUAGCAAGUUAUGGAUAACAAAUAGGCCCCAAUAAUCAUAGAUAUGGCCCAUAUAGUCAAAAGUAUUGCAUGUUUGAAGCUUUUUAUGAAAAAAGUUGCUGCCGGAGGAAUUCACCAAUCCGCCCAAAAAUGGUGCCAUUAAUCACUGAGAAAGCCAACCAAAAAAUUAAAGUGUUGCUCCCCUGUGCCCCAGUCUCAAGUAUUUAAUCAAAAAGUGAUCUAGCUGCAUUUUACUACUACAACAGCUGGCUGGCAGCGGGAGCCUCUAACAUAACUGAAGAUAUUUAUGAAACGGCUGCAUUUAUUGCCAUCACGCAAUAUUUCCCUCCCCCAUUUCUAUUUGUCAUAUGGUAGACUACAUCAUUAUUAUGCUGAACUAUCCCCAAUAUAUCAAUAGGACCUGUUGGAAGCCUUGUGUCCCCUUUCUGUUCACCCUGCAACACUGUAAGGUGUGUGUGUGUGUGUGUGUGUGCAGGCAUUCACCUCUGUUCUGUGUGUUCCAGGCUCUGAACCAGCUGUUUGAGAAGAUCAUAGCUCUGGACAUAGACGAGCGUCACCUCCUACGUAUGGGCCACGGAGAGGAGGCACUGGAGACUGAGAAGGACUUCAGCAGGUGAGGAAACGCCACGUGGUGUUAGACACACACACUCUCACACACGCCCAACUGAACACAUACACACAUUAGGGUUACACAUGCAGUACCAGUCAAAAGGUUGGACACACCUACUCAUUCAAGGGUUUUACUUUUAUUUAUGCUAUUUGAAGAAUCUCAAAUAUAAAAUAUAUUUUGAUUUGUUUAACAUUUUUUUGGUUACUACAUGAUUCCAUAUCUGUUAUUUCAUAGUUUUGAUGUCUUCACUAUUAUUCUACAAUGUAGAAAAUAGUAAAAAUAAAGAAAACCCCUUGAAUUAGUAGGUGUGUCCAAACUUUUGACUGGUACUGUACAGUCGUGGUCAAACGUUUUGAGAAUGACACAAGUAUUGGUCUUCACAAAGUUUGCUGCUUCAGUGUUUUUAGAUAUUUUUGUCAGAUGUUACUAUGGUAUACUGAAGUAUAAUUACAAGCAUUCCACAAGUGUCAAAGGCUUUCAUUGACAAUUACAUUAAGUUUAUGCAAAGAGUCAAUAUUUGCAGUGUUGACCCUUCUUUUUCAAGACCUCUGCAAUCCGCCCUGGCAUGCUGUCAAUUAACUUCUGGGCCACAUCCUGACUGAUGGCAGCCCAUUCUUGCAUAAUCAAUGCUUGGAGUUUGUCAGAAUUUGUGGGUUUUUGUUUGUCCACCCGCCUCUUGAGGAUUGACCACAAAUUCUCAAUGGGAUUAAGGUCUGGGGAGUUUCCUGGCCGUGGACCCAAAAUGUCUAUGUUUUGUUCCCCGAGCCACUUAGUUCUCACUUUUGCCUUAUGGCAAGGUGCUCCAUCAUGCUGGAAAAGGCAUUGUUCGUCACCAAACUGUUCUUGGAUGGUUGGGAGAAGUUGCUCUCGGAGGAUGUGUUGGUACCAUUCUUUAUUCAUGCCUGUGUUCUUAGGCAAAAUUGUGAGUGAGCCCACUCCCUUGGCUGAGAAGCAACCCCACACAUGAAUGGUCUCAGGACGCUUUACUGUUGGCAUGACACAGGACUGAUGGUAGCGCUCACCUUGUCUUCUCCGGACAAGCUUUUUUCCGGAUGCCCCAAACAAUCGGAAAGGGGAUUCGUCAGAGAAAAUGACUUUACCGCAGUCCAAUCCCUGUACCUUUUGCAGAAUAUCAGUCUGUCCCUGAUGUUUUUCCUGGAGAGAAGUGGCUUCCUCGCUGUCCGUCUUGACACCAAGCAAUCCUCCAAAAGUCUUUGCCUCACUGUGCGUGCAGAUGCACUCACACCUGCCUGCUGCCAUUCCUGAGAGGGCUCUGCACUGGUGGUGCCCCGAUCCCGCAGCUGAAUCAACUUUAGGAGACGGUGCUGGCGCUUGCUGGACUUUCUUGGGCGCCCUGAAGCCUUCUUCACAACAAUUGAACCUCUCUCCUUGAAGUUCUUGAUUUAGGUACAAUCUUACUAGCAGCAAUAUCCUUGCCUGUGAAGCCCUUUUUGUGCAAAGCAAUGAUGACGGCACGUGUUUCCUUGCAGGUAACCAUGGUUAACAGAGGAAGAACAAUGAUUUCAAGCACCACCCUCCUUUUAAAGCUUCCAGUCUGUUAUUCUAACUCAAUCAGCAUGACAGAGUGAUCUCCAGCCGUGUCCUCGUCAACACACUCACCUGUGUUAACGAGAGAAUCACUGACAUGAUGUCAGCUGGUCCUUUUGUGGCAGGGCUGAAAUGCAGUGGAAAUUUUUUUUGGGGGUUUAAGUUCAUUUUCAUGGCAAAGAGGGACUUUGCAAUUCAUCUGAUCACUCUUCAUAACAUUCUGUAGUAUAUGCAAAUUGCCAUCAUAAAAAUGUAGGCAGCAGACUUUGAAAAUUAAUAUUUGUGUCAUUCUCAAACCUUUUGACCACGACUGUACGUACAGAGCCACUCGAUACCCCCCAUACACUCCACCCUGGUCAUGGCUUUAUCUUCAUUAGGGCCUGCUUGCUGUCUCCCCUUGCCCACCCACUAUUUCCACCAACCAUUCCAUCCUGAUUAGUGCUCUCAACAUUUGGGCCUUGUACAGGGUCUCACUGUCCCAUUUGGGACUCAUUUGGCAGGAAAGUGGCGGCUUUAGAGUUUUAUUUGGAGGACCGAUUGGCUACCAAAACUGGUUGGGUCUUCUUCAAGACCUUGCUAGGCUGUGGAUUUGAGCCCUAGGUGGUCCCUCAUUGUUGCAGACCCCUGGUGCAUGCACACAGAUACAGGGAGCAGAUUCUCACCGUUAGGAAACACGCUAGAGUUCUCAGGGCAGCCACAGUAGUUCACCCACCCACACAAUUUGGGGAACUCUGUAUGUGUGUGGCUAUGUGUCUGUGUCUCAUUCAGUGCCUUGAGGUACUGUGACUCCGAGGUGCGGAAAAGCCGCGAUGACCAUAACCCGAAAUUGUAUUUAAUCGCGGCCUUAGUAUUAGGAGUUCAUGCAUGGUCCUCCGAAUGGUUUUCUCCUGUUUCCUGUCAACUGAACACAGCUCCUUGUUGCAUAGAGCAGAGAUGAGAUGAUGAGUGGAUGUGACGGCCCUCUCUCUGGAGGAGCACCAUUGCAUUAUGCAGAUCAGCUACAGCUAGCUACAGUACCAGGACGAGAGGACGAGGAGGAUACUGCUAAGAACAUGCACACUGACUUACUCCACAUUCACUCCUUCCUUCCUUCCGGUCUAAUGACGAGGAAGGAGUCAGCUGGGGAAACUAAUUACCACUGUACUGUAUAGGCUAUGGGAUGGAAAAUGAACAGGCGAAGAGGCCUUCUCUGUUCUCAGUGCUCAACCAAUGGUAGUUUACAGUGACAUUUAAUAUAGAAUAUGUUGCCUUUUAAUAAAACAUGUAAAAUGCUAUAAAUACACAGUUAUACACAUUCUCUCAGUUAACUAGUUUUAAUGAGAUAUUGAAAUACUGGUUGGACGGCGGACGCGGGUGUAUAUAGAGCUUUUGUGGAAGUUGAAAGCACUUCAUGACUAAAUGGGUCAGUUUGCGUUUUCUCUCUUUCUCUCCUGGGAUGUUAGAGCGGAGGGCUGCUUUUGUGAGGAGGGAAACAAGGUCGCCACUUUUUCAUUUAACGUCGUCGGCCGUUGUAAUUCUGUUUGAAUCCUCUGCUGUGAAGCUUAGCGGGAUAUAUAUGUAUAGGUCUCUACCUCAAGUAUCUCACACACAGCACUGUGCCUGGGUGACAUCUGACAUAGCAUGUCCCAGUGCCACCUACUAAUGCUAAUCGGCUUUCUGGUUUGUUGUGGCGGGACACCUGACUAGACAAGAUGACUCGGUUUUACUGUGAUUUUGUCUUUUCCGUUUGUUGAAAAAACAACUCUUGUUUAUUGUGCACUGUAUUUAUUCAAUACUAGUCAAUUGUGGUAAAUAAUAUAUGUGAUCAAUGGUAUGUAUACAUUAUUAGUGACGAAGGCAAUUUGGUCCAUCUAGCUAUUAGUUUUGUGCAAUUAGCUCCCAUCGCCUCAACAACCAACGCUAUUAAUACAGAGCGUUGAGUUAGCGUUUGUGUACUUUACAUUUGAUUAUCCACUUGAUGCCAGCUGAUUCUCACGUGUAGGAUGAUGAUGAUAAUGAACAUAUUUUAGGGGUUCAUUAUCCCUAGGCUGUGAUGUCACAGGUUUAGGCUUCAGUUCUCUUCAAAACAUUAACAUUUCCCCUCAGAAUGAUGUGGUAUGACCCUCGGUUCUGGAAGGGCAGGCAGGCAAUGUGAAGGGGAGGUUGAGACUGUUAUCAGCAUUAUAGGAAUAGGAUGUUUUGCUUGAAUAGGGUUCAUGUAUUCAUUUAUUUUGCUCAUUUGCACCCCAGUAUCUCUAUUUGCACAUCAUUUCUUGCACAUCUAUCAUUCCAGUGUUAAUACUAAUUGUAAUUAUUUUGCACUAUAGCCUAUUUAUUGCCUUACCUCCAUAACUUGCUACAUUUGCACACACUGUAUAUAUAUUUUCUGUUGUAUUUUUGACUUUAUGUUUUGUUUUACCCCAUAUGUAACUCUGUUGUUGUUUUUAUCGCACUGCUUUGCUUUAUCUUGGCCAGGUCGCAGUUGUAAAUGAGAACUUGUUCUCAACUGGCUUACCUGGUUAAAUAAAGUUGAAAUAAAUUUAAGAAAUUUAAAAAAUUUUUUACUAGAUGUCAGAAAAACCAUGUUUUCCCAUCUCAAGAGGUAAAACAAACAGACUAAGUGACAUUAUUGUAACAGAGUUGAGGUUUUCAUAGUAUGAAGGGGCUGAUGUAAUGCGGUAUGUUGUUCAGGUAUGGGCGUGUGAACUACGUGCUGGCAAGGAGGCUGGAGCUGCUCAGUGAGGUUGGUCGUCUGCAGGAGAGUCUGGACGUCCCCGGAGACGUGUCCUACACCUGUGAGACCGCCGGACACUUCUACCUCUACCAGGUCAGUACAGGAGGGGUGUGUGGGUUCUGGGUGUGCGUGUGUGUGUGGUUGGAUGUGAACGUGUGUAUGUCACUUUCCAGUACAGGGAGGACACAUGCGUUUACAGAUGAAUCAUUCAUUCCUGAUAUCCUGACCUGCAAAAAUCGAGAAUAAAAUGUUUCUCUAAAAUCAAAAUUCAAGGGGAUAAAGUCUGCUGAUCAAUGUUGUGCUGGCCACAUCCCAGUUCAAUAAGUGUCAGUAUCUAUUUUCCUUUCACUUCAUAUCUGCCUCAACAACAAAUACCAAAAUAUUAUACCAACCCCUCAGUUAUUAUACCUUAUCCUCUGUUUACUUCUGUCACCUAAAUACUGCAUACUGGCUCCAGGAUGCCAUAGCAGACAAUUAUGCAUCAGGCAGCAUUGCAUCAGCAGAAUAGCCCAGAAUAGACAACAGCCUUUUUAAACAAAGAGAAGACAACCCAAGGCAACUGUCAACUUAAGAAGACCUGAGAGCUCAUACAAUAGCCCAGAUCUAAAAUCAAGAAGAGUUGAUCUUUCACUGAGGAGGCAUGCUGUCAGUAAGAUGAAACUGGGAGCACGGGAGGCUGGCAAUGGUUGAAGAGGGGCGGCAGAGGAGGGAGGGAGACAGUGGUUUAAUAGCAGAUACCGCAGUCAUUGUGUCAGGCUUAGUAUUGUAGUGGGGUUUAUGGAACCUAUGGUCUAUGCCAGACCCCUCACUCAACACAUUGAAAUCCUCCAUGCCAGUCAGGGGGCUCCCCUCUUCUUUGAUUCCUAUUGUCAUCAACCUUUUAUUGUCUUUGGACAGACGCAAACAGAACAGACACCAGCUAUCAACACAACAUCAUGGACAACUCAGCAAAAUAUCUCCCAUAAAAUUGUCAUAAAUAGUUAUACAUGAGAUCUCUGUCUAUAGGCCAGGGCACUCCUGUCAGAUGAAGAGUAUUAUCUGUUCCCCCUCAUCUGCCUUGUCACCUUAGCACUCAAAGACCCUGUAUGGGAUUGGACAUCAGGCAGUAAUGAGCCUGAUGGAUAAUAUCAGGGGUGGAUAAUGGUCUCUGUUAAUCGUUAUGGCCUAUUAAGGCAGAUGGUCAAGCUACAUCGCCAUUUGUAAUACUGAUUAAAUUGCAAAUUGUUCCACAGUUCCCUAAGGCUGCGUAGUUUGUUUUGCAACUGUGCCUGUGAGGGCAUGGGCUUUGUUUCAAAAUAUCACAAUAUAUUACGGUUCCACACGUUCCCAUGACACUCAAGGGGAAAAUAUAAUUUAUAUUUUAUGUUAUUUUCCAGUAUAUUAUUACUAUAAAAUACAUGUUGACUGUGUUUGCAUCCAUGUCUAUGACUUUGCGUCCCUUUUGUAUGUGAUGCAAAGAGUGUUUGUAUGAAGAAGCAUGCAUGCUCUUUGAAUGUGACUCAACUGUGUUUAUCUAUAUGAGUGAGAAUGCAUGUGUGCGGCAUACCAAAAAGAGCCAGACCUGUAACAUCCGGGGGGGCUGUCUGGUGUCCUCCCUCUCCCCGCUGUAGGUGAUGUCUCGCUGGGAAGAGUACAUGAGCAAGGUCAGGUCUAAGCAGGGCUGUACGGUGGAGGCCGAGGCCGUGGCAGCACACUUCCCCUUCCACAAGUACUUCUCCAACGCCCCCCAGCCUGUGUUCUACGGUCGCUCCUACGAAGAAGACAUGGACAUCGCAGAGGGCUGCUACCGACAUAUCAAGAAGAUCUUUACCCAGCUGGAGGUAGGCAGGCCACACGCACAUCACGUAGAGGCACGUACACACACAUCACAUGUUUACCUAGCUGAAGGCACAUGCACAACACGCCAAGAAGAUCCUCACUCAGAGUUAAACAUGUCACACACAAGCUCUUGAACACACACACAUCAUCUUCACCCCAGUCAGUGGUAAUUAUGUCACACAUAAUUCCUCACGGGUCAUUAAGCUAGCUGUGUGUGUGGCCAGGUGGGGGCUGGAACACACUCACUGAACACAUGAUUCUGUUUACCCCACUGACACCAUAACUGGUCCACCUGGGCUCACUGGUGAUUGGUCCGAUUCUGACCCUCUCUCCCUAUGGGCAUCCUACUCUUUAAAGAAGUAGCAUUGCAGGCACAGUUACAUCGCAUUGAAUCAGAUUUCAACAGCUGUUUCUGUUGUAAUGUUAGGAGUUUGUAAUAUGAUGCGGUUGGAUAGAUGGUGCUAGAUGGCGCUAUUCUUUUCUUUUCCAUAUUCACCACCAUCUUUAUCUCUCUCCAGCCCUCUCUCCCUCCUAUCCCUCUCCUCCCCCUCUCCCUCUCCUCACUCUCUCUGUUUAUGAGUCUGUUCUGUGAGAUAUUGGUUGGAAUGACAUGAUUGUCACCCCGCUACCCCUCCUCCCCCAUUGGCAGUGACACAAGACCCGCUAUAUGUCUCCCCAGAUGCAGAUGGAAGAUUACAGGCCCUUGCGUUCCCUAAACACACACACACACACUCUGCGAUCUAAAUUCAUAGUCUGUGUACACAAACACACACACACACACACGCACACACAUACAAACACACACAUACACUGCUUUGCCAUGCACCUCAGCUCAGAUACAGCCCCUCCUGGUUGCGUCCGGUCUUUAUAUAGAGAGAACAAUAACAUUAGAGAUUUAUGGGAGCAACGCCGAGACCUCGCAGAAGCAAUAAAGAAGUUAUUGACUGGAGGUAAUAUCCUAACAUGUACGUGUGGCCUUGAUUUUUAUCUGGCAUCCCUCUUAUCACUGGCUGCAUCACAUCAGACGGGAGAACCUUACUAUGUUCACUUAGCCCGGCCUCGCCCAUGAUGCUGCUGCAGAGAUAUCUGUCUGUCUCCCAACUCAGAGACGCUAGAAUCUCCCUCUAGAAUUACAGGAGAAUGAAAGUGCUCUGUUGCCUGGCUGCCUACAAGGAGUAUUUAAAGAUGUUUGUGUUUUAUGAGAUGCCAUCCCAGCAGACGAUGCCAACACACACACACACACACACAGCCGGAACACAGUGUACAGCCGUCUACCGCUGGGAUUUCUCUCCAUCCAGCCUCACGCUGUUGUUUAUCUUUCUUCCUCUCCUUUCAGUCUGUGAAUUCAUUUCACCCUUCAACCACUGAGGAGCCACGGGGGGUUAAAAAUAGCCCUCAUUAAUAUUACAUGUUUUGAUCGGGUUUAAUAUUAAUAUAAAAAUAGUAACGCAUCAAAUAUUUAUCUCUCCCAGUGCCCUCUGAGGCUCCACCUCCCUCAGCCCCCCCCCCCCCCGCAGCCCCUUGACCGCAAAUGUGGCCACCUCAAAAUAGCCACGCCGGGCCGGUUCGUACCCACACCGGUUUAUACCCACACUAGCCCACUCUCAGCCUCAGCAGUAUAGAGCUAUGAUAUCUCUGCCUGGUCUCUAUGAAUUCAAGCGGGUCCCUUUCAGGAAAACACCCCCAAUCUUGCUUUUCCCAUUCAGACGAGCCCUGUAAGGGAAUCUGUUCUGAAGUGCUCGGCUGCUCACUAAGCUUCUAUUGAACAGUAACCCAUAUCUGUAGCUCAGUUGGUAGAGCAUGGCGCUUGCAAUGCCAGGGGUGUGGGUUCGUUUCCCACGGGGGGCCAGUAUGAAAAUGUAUGCACUCACUAACUGUACGUCGCUCUGGAUAAGAGCGUCUGCUAAAUGACUAAAAUGUAAAUGUGAAUAUCCUUUAAAUGCUCACGAGCCUGCUCCUGAGGAUAGAAAGGACUGAAAAGGAGAUAGCUGAAAGUGAAGAUAUCCAAGGUCACGUGCAAUUACUGUCUUACAUUUCAUUCCUUGUUUUGAUAUUUUUUCAAAGGAAUUGCUAAGAAUCCUGUUUUUAGGUAAUGGAAUGUGACUUUUUUAUAUAUAAAAAAAUGUUUUUACGGCCUUGUAUGACCUCCCUGUUGUAGAUGACUGCAUUGGACACAGUACUAGUCAAACGUUUGGACACACCUACUCAUUCCAUGGUUUUUCUUUGUUUGUACUAUUUUCUACAUUGUAGAAUAAUAGAGAAGACAUCAAAACUAUGAAAUAUCACAUAUGGAAUCAUGUAGUAACCAAAAAAGUGUUAAACAAAUCAAAAUACAUUUUAUAUUUGAGAUUCUUCAAAGUAGCCACCCUUUGCCUUGAUGACAGCUUUGCACACUCAUGGCAUUCUCUCAACCAGCUUCAUUAGGUAGUCACCUAGAAUUCAUUUCAAUUAACAGGUGUGCCUUGUUAAAAGUUAAUUUGUGGAAUUUCUUUCCUUCUUAAUGCGUUUGAGCCAAUCAGUUGUGUUGUGACAAGGUAGGGUUGGUAUACAGAAGAUAGCCCUAUUUAGUAAAAUACCAAGUCCAUAUUAUGGCAAGAACAGCUCAAAUAAGCAAAGAGAAACUACAGUCCAUCAUUACCUUAAGACAUGAAGGUCAGUCAAUCCGGAAUAUUUCAAUAACUUUUAAAGUUUCUUCUAGUGCAUUCACAAAAACCAUCAAGCGCUAUGAUGAAACUUGCUUUCCUGAGGACCACCACAGGAAUGGAAGACCCAGAGUUAUCUCUGCUGCAGAGGAUAAGUUCAUUACAGUUACCGGCCUCAGAAAUGGCAGCCCAAAUAAAUGCUUCACAGAGUUCAAGUAACAGACACAUUUCAACAUCAACUGUUCAGAGGAGACUGUGUGAAUCAGGCCUUCAUGGUUGAAUUGCUGCAAAUAAACCACUACUAAAGGACACCAAUAAAAGGAAGAGACUUGCUUGGGCCAAGAAACACAAGCAAUGGACAUUAGAACGGUGGAAAUCUGUCCUUUGGUCUGAUGAGUCCAAAUUUGAGAUUUUUGGUUACAACCGCCGUGUCUUUGUGAGACGCAGAGUAGGUGAACGGAUGAUCUCCGCAUGUGUGGUUCACACCGUGAAGCAUGGUGGAGGAGGUGUGAGGGUGCUUUGCUGGUGACACUGUCAGUGAUUUAUUUAGAAUUCAAGGCACACUUAACCAGCAUGCUACCGCAGCAUUCUACAGCGAUACGCCAUCCCAUCUGGUUUGGGCUUAGUGGGACUAUCAUUUGUUUUUGAACAGGACAAUGACCCAACACACCUCCAGGCUGUGUAAGGGCUAUUUGACCAAGAAGGAGAGUGAUGGAGUGCUGCAUCAGAUGACCUGGCCUCCACAAUUACCCGACCUCAACCCAAUUGAGAUGGUUUGGGAUGAGUUGGACCGCAGAGUGAAGGAAAAGCAGCCAACAAGUGCUCAGCAUAUGUGGGAACUCCUUCAAGACUGUUGGAAAAGCAUUUCAGGUGAAGCUGGUUGAGAGAAUACCAAGAGUGUGCAAAGCUGUCAUCAAGGCAAAGGGUGGCUACUUUGAAGAAUAUAAAAUAUAUUUUGAUUUGUUUAACACUUUUUUUGGUUACUACAUGAUUCCAUAUAUGUUAUUUCAUAGUUUUGAUAUCUUCUCUAUUAUUCAAUAUAGAAAAUAGUAAAAAUAAAGAAAAACCCUUGAAUGAGUAGGUGUGUCCAAACCUUUGACUGGUACUGUAUAUCUGGACACACUUGAUUAUGGUCCUCUAUUUUGGCAUCAAAGCAAAGUUUUCUCAACAGAUGUAUUGGAUGUGUUUAUUUAGAGCAUUGAGUUGAACCGUCAUUUUUUUACGUCCAAGGAUAAUUGUAUUCCAUCAUGUCAUCUUAUGAUAAACAUCUGCUCACUGUGGUGCAGCCCUUUGAACCGGUCAUCACUACCUGACAAUGCUGAUGAUUUAACCUUUACCCCUGAGCUCUAACCCUAACCCCAGCCCUCUGAUCCACCUUCUUACUAGUGUGUGUGUGUGUCCAUCAGGAGUUCCGAGCCUUCGAGCUGCUGAGGAGUGGACUGGACCGUUCCAAGUAUCUGCUAGUGAAGGAGGCUAAGAUCAUCGCUAUGACCUGCACCCACGCUGCCCUCAAACGCCAUGACCUGGUGGAGUUGGGCUUCAAGGUCAGACACACACACACACACACACACACAAAUAUUACUCUACCCUACACUACACACACUAAGAUCAGACACACACACACAGAACUCGGGUCAGAGGCAACUCGUCACUUACACUAAUGUUCUUCUGUUUUCAGUACGACAACAUCCUGAUGGAGGAAGCAGCUCAGAUCCUGGAGAUUGAGACCUUCAUCCCUCUCCUGCUGCAGGUAAAUUACUACAAUCAGACCCAAAAUCCCACCGGAGCUAAACCCCAAUGUUCAGGUCUAAAGCCCAUAUUUAGGUCUAUACUUCACCUGAGAAGAGAACUCCUUGUCACUCAGGAUGAAUGGGUCCAUCCAGUGUUAACGGGGUCAUCAUGCUGGGGCCUAAUAGCCUCAGAUAGCAGAUGGCAGUAGGGUCUGUUUACAGAGGAGACUAUUAAACCACAUCAACCUGGCCAACGACCUCUUAGUCUCCUCUCGCUCCAAUCAAUGCAAACAUCCAUCCCAUCAUGCCUGCUGUCUUUCCAUCGUAGGCGGUAAUGAGAAUCUACAUCCCCCACCCUUCAUUUUCCUUCCAUUGGAUCCCUAUCGGUGAUUGAAUCAGGCUCGACAUAUGAGCCUUGGUAAUGUCAGGUUUGUCUGGGGUCAAACCCUCAUUAAACUCUCCCUCCUAAUCAGCAGAAUAGCAAACUCAUCAGUGAGGCUCGGCUCGGUCUCCAUCUCCAUCCUACCUCUCCUGCAUUCACAGUAUUAUUUACUAGCCAGAUAGAUGGCGCACAAAGUUCACCACUCAGUUAACAGGCAGAGGGGGGAGAAUGGAGAGAACGAAAGGAGGUGAAGAACAGGUGUGAAAAGGUGCAGGGCCGGUGAUGGGUGUUUGAAAUGCAAGCCAUUUUCCCUUCUCUGUGGAGAAGAACUGACCUUGAACCUUGACACUGACCUAUCUUUCCUCUCCCUCUCCAGAACCCAGAGGAUGGUUACAGCAGGCUGAAGCGUUGGAUCAUGAUAGGAGACCACCACCAGCUGCCCCCCGUCAUUAAGAACAUGGCCUUCCAGAAGUACUCCAACAUGGAGCAGUCCCUCUUCACCCGCUUCGUACGCCUAGGGGUGCCCACCGUUGACCUGGACGCCCAGGGACGUGCCCGCGCCAGGUGGGUUAGGCACACUGGGGACAUAGCAGGGAAUAUGGUUAAAACAGAAAUGCUGAAUACAUAACAUAUUAUUUGUAACUAACAAACAUAAACAAGUCUGAACAUGCAAAAAAUCAUUUGAAAUUUGAAAAUAAUUUAUCAUGCUAGGUUUGAUCAUCAAACAUUUGUGCAAAAAAUAUCAACAGUGUGUGUGUGUGUGUGUGUGUGUGUGUGUGACAUCUCUUAAUCCUCUUAAACAUAAGACAAGACAAAAAUAACUAGUCUGUUAACCAAUUAAACCCUCCUGGCUAUGUCCAUGAUCCAAUAGGUUCUAAGUAGCCACUGAUACAUGUGAAUACGGUCAUGGCUCCCUGUCUAAUUGGCUUGGCUAAUCAGUAGUAGUGCCCUCACUAUGUACUGUAUACUAACAUGGACGCUAAGCUAGAGUGGUGAAUAGUGAAUCUCUCUUUAAAGGUAAUACAUAAAGGAAUUUUUGCAUUGUAAUUUCAGACAAUGUAUAUCUGCCGCUAAUAGUGGAAUGAUAGUGUUUCACAGUAUUACUUAUCCACCGGUGUUGUGAUUGGCUGUGAUAUUUGCCUUUUGAUUUCUCCCGCCAGAGCGAAAUCUGUUGUCAAACUGGGAAAGCUGUUCUGACUUUGUGGCUGGGUUAUCUAAUGGAAAUAGCUCAUUUCCUGGUUGCAAAAAUUAUACACAAAUUCAAGUAAUGUGAGAAAACAAGCACUGAAUAGUGUACAGAAUCGCUACCGUCUAAAUCGCUAACAAAUAUAUUUUCAAUAACAAACAAUGUAGGUUUUACAGCUGUUUUGUUAUUCAAAAUACACUGCUCAAAAAAAUAAAGGGAACACUAAAAUAACACAUCCUAGAUCUGAAUGAAUGAAAUAAUCUUAUUAAAUACUUGUUUCUUUACGUAGUUGAAUGUGCUGACAACAAAAUCACACAAAAAUGAUCAAUGGAAAUCAAAUGUAUCAACCCAUGGAGGUCUGGAUUUGGAGUCACCCUCAAAAUUAAAGUGGAAAACCACACUACAGGCUGAUCCAACUUUGAUGUAAUGUCCUUAAAACAAGUCAAAAUGAGGCUCAGUAGUGUGUGUGGCCUCCACGUGCCUGUAUGACCUCCCUACAACGCCUGGGCAUGCUCCUGAUGAGGUGGCGGAUGGUCUCCUGAGGGAUCUCCUCCCAGACCUGGACUAAAGCAUCCGCCAACUCCUGGACAGUCUGUGGUGCAACGUGGCAUUGGUGGAUGGAGCGAGACAUGAUGUCCCAGAUGUGCUCAAUUGGAUUCAGGUCUGGGGAAUGGGCGGGCCAGUCCAUAGCAUCAAUGCCUUCCUCUUGCAGGAACUGCUGACACACUCCAGCCACAUGAGGUCUAGCAUUGUCUUGCGUUAGGAGGAACCCAGGGCCAACCGCACCAGCAUAUGGUCUCACAAGGGGUCUGAGGAUCUCAUCUCGGUACCUAAUGGCAGUCAGGCUACCUCUGGCAAGCACAUGGAGGGCUGUGCGGCCAAUCUUGGUGUUCUCUGGCAAAUGCCAAACGUCCUGCACGGUGUUGGGCUGUAAGCACAACCCCCACCUGUGGACGUCGGGCCCUCAUACCACCCUCAUGGAGUCUGUUUCUGACCGUUUGAGCAGACACAUGCACAUUUGUGGCCUGCUGGAGGUCAUUUUGCAGGGCUCUGGCAGUGCUCCUCCUGCUCCUCCUUGCACAAAGGCGGAGGUAGCGGUCCUGCUGCUGGGUUGUUGCCCUCCUACGGCCUCCUCCACGUCUCCUGAUGUACUGGCCUGUCUGCUGGUAGCGCCUCCAUGCUCUGGACACUACGCUGACAGACACAGCAAACCUUCUUGCCACAGCUCGCAUUGAUGUGCCAUCCUGGAUGAGCUGCACUACCUGAGCCACUUGUGUGGGUUGUAGACUCCGUCUCAUGCUACCACUAGAGUGAAAGCACCGCCAGCAUUCAAAAGUGACCAAAACAUCAGCCAGGAAGCAUAGGAACUGAGAAGUGGUCUGUGGUCACCACCUGCAAAACCAGUCCUUUAUUGGGGGUGUCUUGCUAAUUGCCUAUAAUUUCCACCUGUUGUCUAUUCCAUUUGCACAACAGCAUGUGAAAUUUAUUGUCAAUCAGUGUUGCUUCCUAAGUGGACAGUUUGAUUUCACAGAAGUGUGAUUGACUUGGAGUUACAUUGUGUUGUUUAAGUGUUCCCUUUAUUUUUUUGAGCAGUGUAUAUUUGUUAGCGAUUUAGAUGGUACAGUGAUUCCAUACACUUCAGUGCUUGUUUUCUCACAAACUGAAAUUGAGCGAACGUAGAAUUUCUGUAGCCAGGAAAUGAGCGCCACAAAGUCAGAACAGCUUUUCCAGUCUGACAAGAUGCCGCUCCGGCGGGAAAAAUCAAUAGGCGAAUAUCACAGCCAAUCACAACACUGGCGGGUAAGCAUUUCUGUGAAACACUAUCAUUCCAAUAUUAGCGGCAGAUAUAUUAUGGACAUUUUCUGAAAUUACAAUGCAAGAUUCUACAAAAUCCUAUGUGUAGCACCUUUUAAUGCUAACGUGCCAUUCUCUAACCAUAUGAAUGAAUGCUAACAUGGUUCUCCAUCUCUCCUCCAGUCUGUGUAACCUGUAUAACUGGCGCUAUAAGCAGCUGGGGAACCUACCCCACGUACAGCUCUUGCCCCAGUUCCAGGCCCCCAACCCUGGCCUGACCUUCGACUUCCAGCUAAUCAAUGUGGAGGACUUCAACGGUGUGGGAGAGUCAGAGCCCAACCCUUACUUCUACCAGGUUAAUAAUGCACAUUUACACAGGAACACACACACAAGCACUUCACAAGCACACAAGCACUCCACCUACGCUUACACACACAAGCACAUAUGCGCACACUCAUUUACCACAGUAGAAUAA